AUGGAAAUCACCGUCGUGGAUGAGCGCGACGGCUACUUCCAUCUGAUCGGCUCGCCCAAAGCCCUGGCCUGUGAAACGUUUGCCGCGACGGCAUGGACACGCUUCCAGGAUAUUCCCGCUUUGGAAUCGUCUGGCCUGAAGUUCAUUCAGGGAAGUGUAAGUUCUGUCGACUUUGGGGCCAAAGUUGCCCACAUCCUCGACACUCAGUCCCAGUCAAGCCGUUCCAAGCCGUACGACUACCUGAUCGCGUCUUCCGGACUGCGUCGGGUCUUUCCCACUGUUCCCCAAUCCCUGCGACGAAAUGAAUUCCUGGAAGAGGCCAACCGACACAUGAAAGAGGUGCAGACGGCCCAGGAGGGCGUGGUGGUCGUCGGCGGUGGGGCCGUGGGCGUGGAAAUGGCGGCUGAAUUGAAGCUUCUCGAUCCAACGCAAAAGGUCACCUUGAUUCACUCGAGAAAGCGUCUGCUCUCAUCGGAGCCAUUGCCUGAUGACUUUGCCGAGCGAGUCGACUCGGUGCUGCACGAGGGCGGUGUCGAAGUGAUCUUGGGGCAGCGCGUUGUCAACACAACCGCGGUGGACAUGAAAGAUGAGCAGCGACGCCAUUCGCGAUGCAUUCCCACGUCCACGUAUCUGGCGCGAGAGGCUCUGAACGAAGACGGUUAUGUGAAAGUACAUUCCUCGUUGCAAUUCUCGGGCGGGGUUCUCAACCCCGAGCAUCAUUACGCGGUUGGAGACAUCGCAGCAUGGUCCGGGAUCAAGCGCUGCGGAGGUGCCAUGCACAUGGGCCACUUUGCGGCCACCAACAUCCAUCAGCACAUGUUGGCCACCUGCGGCGCUGGGAAGCCCUCGUUCGUGACACUCCAACCAUUCCCGUCCAUUAUGGGCUUGGCACUAGGCAAGAAAACCGUGUCCUACAGCCCGAUCGAUGGUACUCGGGAUGGUGAGGAUAUCAUGGCGAGCAUGUUCGGCGGGGAUAUGGGAAACACGGUGUGCUGGAAUUAUAUGCGGCUGGGAGAAGCAUGCCCCGCAUGA